GCCGCGCCAAUCAGCGGGCGAGGAGGUUGUUUUAAACGGCAGAGCCCCGCAGCCAAUCAGGCCGCUCUCGUAGGCAGCCAACGCGAGGCUGAGCCGCGCCGAGCCCCGCGUCGUGCCCUGCGCUCCGCUCCUGUCCACACUACCGCGAACAAUACAGAGUCAAGAUGGCUAAAGGUGAUCCGAAGAAGCCCAAGGGCAAGAUGUCUGCCUAUGCCUUCUUUGUGCAGACGUGCCGUGAGGAACAUAAGAAAAAGAACCCAGAGGUUCCAGUCAACUUUGCAGAGUUUUCCAAGAAGUGCUCAGAGAGGUGGAAGACCAUGUCAAGCAAGGAAAAGGCUAAAUUUGAUGAAAUGGCAAAGGCUGAUAAGGUACGAUAUGAUAGAGAAAUGAAGGACUAUGGACCAGCUAAGGGUGGCAAGAAGAAGAAGGACCCCAAUGCCCCUAAACGACCACCGUCUGGCUUCUUCCUCUUCUGUUCAGAGUUUCGCCCCAAGAUCAAGUCCACAAACCCUGGCAUAUCUAUUGGGGAUGUAGCGAAGAAACUGGGCGAGAUGUGGAACAACCUCAGUGAUGGUGAAAAGCAGCCUUACAAUAAUAAGGCAGCUAAACUGAAGGAGAAGUACGAGAAGGAUGUUGCAGACUACAAGUCUAAAGGAAAGUUUGAUGGCGCAAAGGGAGCAGCAACCAAAGCUGCUCGGAAAAAGGUAGAGGAAGAAGACGAAGAGGAGGAGGAGGAUGAAGAAGAGGAGGAUGAAGAUGAUGAUGAUGAAUAAAACUGUACAAUACUUGUCUCCAUGUGAAUACCAUAGAGUAGGGGAAACACCAUAAAUGAAGCACCUCUUAUUUGAGAUGGUGUCUCUUGCCCUUAUUAGGCUUAAUUAAAAAAAAAUUGGAUUCCGAUCGCGUUGUAGUUUCUAAAAGUGCUCUAGAAAUUGUAACUGGUUUACAUGAAGUGGCCAUGGGUGUAGUGAGCACCCUGAAACUGUAUCAAAGUUGUACAUAUUUCCAAACAUUUUUAAAAUGAAAAGGCGCUCUAGUGUUCUCCUAACUCUGUGCACUUUGCUGUUGGUGUAACAAAGCAUUUAAAAAUGUUUCAAGCAUUUUUUUAAUUUGUAAGGUGGUGUUACUAUAUGGUUAUUGGCUAGAAAAUCCUGGGUUAUAAACUGUACAUAUCUAUAGUUUGUAAAAACUAGACAGAUUCUUGUGGUACAUGCUUAGAGUGAUGAUGCCUUAGAGGAGCAGUGAUUACUUGGAAAGGCUGUACGUUCCCCGGGGUGCCAUGGCCCAAAGCAUGCACUGUGAGGGUAGAUCUAUUUACACUACAGUGGGCGUCCAUUUAGCUUAAAGUUGUCUUUCUGUAUAUAGUGAAAUAGCAUUCUGCUGCCAUUCUUAGUUGUGGAAGGGGGUUCAGCUGGCAUGAGAAGUGUAUGGGUUUUUUUAGUUAAGUGCGGUAGUUUUUAAACUGAAACUGUAGACAUCUCUUCAUCGUCAACUAAGUGAAGAGCCAGUGCAGCAACUGAAGUUCAAAAACACUCUGUACUUAAACAAAUUUGCAACGUUCUGUUUUUUUUGUAUGUUUAGAAUGCUGAAAUGUUUUUGAAGCAAAAUAAACAGUAUUACAUUUUUAAAA